AGCCCAAACCAAACCUCACCCAGCCCAAACACCCCUCAUCUCCAACACUCGACCUACCAUUUUCAUCUCCAAACCCUCCUUAACCCCUCGCUCGCGGUGAACCCACCCAAAUGCUGAUCCGCCGAGCAGCAUCACUGACUAGCGCCGCCGUCAAUCUUCAUAUCCGACGCUUCUCCACCGCCUCGCUCUUCCAGGAGGCGGAUAAUCCCCUCCAGUUCACCUACUUGGAUGGACUGCCAAGGCCCAACCCUAAACACGACGAAACCAUCCUCGCGAUCGCACGCGAAGUCUCCGGCAAGAGCAUCGCCACCAAGGAGAGGAUAGCCGGCCGUGUACCCAGCAUUGUCUUCGAGGCGAAAGAUGGCCAGCACGGCGGCAACAAGCGCCUCAUUUCGGUACAUGGAAAUCAGAUAAAGAAGCUUGUGGAUCACUUGGGUCAGUCCUUCUUUCGCUCCAGGACAUUUGAUCUAGAGAUCCGACCCGAAUUUGGAUCCAACGAUAUCGUCGAGAAAGUUCGGGUCUUGUCCCGGAAGUUUUCAUCUGUGUUAGUAUUUGUAUGGUCACGUUGGCAUGACAUGGCUACAGGAUUUGGAAAAAACGGUGGAAGCUGUGGCCUUGAAUCGGUGAAUGUAAUCGAAAGACAUGUGAAUCGACUUAUAAAGAUAAAUCUGAAGCUUCAUCUUCACGCAGGCACUGAUGCAGUGCUUAAUGUCACGUUCAUCCGAGCCCCAUCUGAUGCCUGGUUGAAGGUCGAUGUGCCUCUGGUUUACAGAGGAGAUGAUGUCUCCCCCGGACUCAAGAAAGGGUCGUCUUUGAACAUAAUCAAGAGAACCAUUAAAUAUCUCUGCCCAGCAGAUAUAAUCCCACCCUACAUUGAUGUUGAUUUAAGCGAGCUUGAUGUGGGCGAGAAGAUUGUUGCAGGCAAUUUAAACGUUCAUCCAGCUCUUAAGCUACUAAGACCAAAAGAUGAGGUUGUGGUCAAAAUCAUGGGUGCUAGGAUUUCUGACCAGAAGAAAUCCAAGUAACAUGUGGUUUGUUUUCUUCCAAAUCAUUUUUGUGGCUGACCAAAAUCUUCCUAGGUAACAAUUUAGAGAAGUUUGUUUGUAGUUUAGUAGGGUUCUGUGGCAAAAAACUGUUAACACAUUUUUUUUGGGAAAUAAGUGUUCUCUUGUACUCCUUUGCAUACACGCAUGGUGUUGUUGUUUAAUGAAAGGGCCUUCAUGUGUCAUGUAUGAUGUCUCCAAACUUCAGGGGCUUUUUGUGGGUGAUUUUUCUGAUAUUUUGUUAAGUGUUGAAUUAUUUUAGGCAAGCAAACAUUUUGAAAUGCAGGG